GGGACGAAGGGAGCGAGAAUUACGCACACCCUGAUCCUCUCCCUUCCUUCCAGAACCAGUGUGGCGGUGGUGGUGUGCAGGCAACUCUGCAGAACCUCCUCAGUGAGAGAGAAGUUUUCGCCCAAAGGAUUCGGUCCAAGAAUUACCUUCAUGUCGACUCUGUUGGAUACUAACCGGCCGAUGCUAUGGUUACCUUUAUUACGAUCUUACAGGUGAAUCUAGUGAUGUCCAUCCUGCUCUAUGUGAUGGUCCUCGUGUACCUCUAUGGUAUCCAGGCAACGGACAUGGACAACAGUCGCCAGGGGCAACACCAGCAGCAGCAGUCGCCGCCGCCGCCGCCCAGUCCGGACCCUUUAAACUCGCUCAUCAUCCAGCUUCUCCAGGCCGACCUGACCAGGGGGAAGAACCGGGCCAACCAGAGCCAGCAGGGGAAAAGCAGGCGCUCGGAGCACCAGGACGCACCGCCGCCUCUCCUCGGCGACGCCGAGCGGUGGGGGGAGGCGGGCCGGAGCGGCGAGAGCAGCGCCAGCGCGGAGCAGGGCCGGGUGAUGAUGUUGUUGAACUCUGACCUACUGAGGCAGCACAAGCGGUUCAAUUCGCCCCGGGUGCUGCUGAGCGACCGGGCGCCGCUACAGCCGCCGCCGCUGUACAUGGCCGAUGACUUUGUGAGCGGCGGGCCGGAAGGCGAAACGUCCGCAAACAAGACCCGGAAGAAGCGCUACACUGAACACAAGAGUUAUCGCGGGGAAUACUCGGUGUGCGACAGCGAGAGCCAGUGGGUGACUGAUAAAACUCAGGCGGUGGACACGAGGGGGACCCCGGUGACCGUCCUGGACAAAAUUAAAACCAGCGCGGCGCAGGAUAUCAAGCAAUACUUUUACGAGACGCGCUGUCGGACCCCGAGGCCCUUUAAGGGAGGCUGCAGGGGCAUCGACGACAAGAACUGGAACUCGCAAUGUAAGACCACGCAGACUUACGUGCGGGCGCUGACGCAGGUGCGCAACUCAGUCGGCUGGCGGUGGAUACGCAUCGACACUUCCUGCGUUUGCGCCCUGUCCAGGAAACGUCACCGGACGUAAACGUGCCGCCUGGAAUUCGACAGGACGUUCCAUUUACGGCUCGGGUGCUCUCCCGCCGCGUGAUUCUGCACGUGGGCGGCGAUAGCAAAGGAUUUCUGCUGAAGAAAACCUGGUUCCAGAAUUUCCACGCCAGCAAUCCACAAACCGGUGCGGCGUUGCUGUUUUGGAGGAACUCGUCCGAGUCAGGGUGUGAAGGGGAACUGUACAUAUAAAUUAUUUAAAUUAUAUGAAAUGCAUGUGGUUUAUACAUGUCUAUAUAUAUGUGUGUGUGUGCGUGUGUGAGAGAGAAUAUAUUUGUGUUAUUUAUUGAAAGAAGUCUGCUUCUGACGAGUGAGCGACAGUGGACUUGUGUUGCGAAUACAAGGCUGAACGGGGCCGCAAAGGUGCUUCACACUGAGACUUAUUAUGUGCCUUCACCAGUGUGGUUGCCAAGCAAAGUGGGACACACAUACACACACGGACACACACGGACACAAAAGAAUUUUCAACUGAUUUUCCAUAAAGCUGCAAAUGAUCAGCAAUAAAUGGCUUAAGGAUUUGAUUGGGCACGCAGACUAUCUGAGGAAAAAUUGGCCAAACCGCGUCUUCAAACAGCUCAUUGUGUGAAGCUUUGGACAAACUCAAUCCAGAAAUCGCUGUCAGUGAAUGAAGUGAUUUAAAAAAAAAACAA